GCCGGUAUUCUCCCAACGACAAAGGGUGUUCGCAUGCACGAGCGCCAUAGCCGCCGAACACCACCAGCAAAAUCGUGUACUCCGCGGUGAUCGGUCAACUCUUAAAGUUGCUCUCUUCUAAUUUCUAAAACAUAAAGAACAAAACAAGGGGACUCACUGUCAUUCAUUGUUUGGUAAUGAAACUGCCAUCUCUCUUUGUCCGCCCAAUCGCUCAUCUCCGUUCCAAGACAUCCAAAUUUCUGUCUCCCAACUUCUCCUCCUUUUCCUCCCUCCAAGAUUUCUCCGUUUCCAAUGAAAUCCACUCCAUUCUCGACAUUGUCAACCCCAUGGAACCCGCCUUGGAACCUCUUCUUCCUUUCCUUUCUCCUGAUAUUGUCACUUCCAUUAUCCAAGACCAGCCCAACCCUCAAUUGGGUUUCCGUUUCUUCAUCUGGGCAAUGCAGAGUAAGCGUCUACGCAGCUCUGCAUCCGACAAACUCGUCGUCGACAUGCUCCUCCGGAAGGACAACGGCUUUGACAUGUACUGGCAAACUCUUGAGGAAAUCAAAAAAUGCGGGGCUCUUAUUGUUUCCGACGCCUUUAAAGUCUUGAUUUCUGGGUAUUCGAAAUUGGGUCUCGAUGAAAAAGCCGUUGAGUGUUUCGGUAAGAUGAAGGAUUUUGAUUGCAAGCCUGAUGUAUUCACUUAUAAUACGAUAUUAUACGUUAUGGUUCGUAGAAAGGUCCUUUUGUUAGCUUUGGCGGUUUACAAUCAGAUGUUGAAGAAUAAUUAUAAGGCUAAUAGAGCUACUUUUAGUAUUUUGAUCGAUGGGCUCUGUAAAAAUGGGAAAACUGAGGAUGCGCUUAACAUGUUUGAUGAAAUGACUCAAAGAGGUAUAGAGCCAAAUAGAUGUUCAUAUACAAUUAUCGUUUCAGGCUUGUGUCAAGCAGAUAGGGCUGAUGAUGCUUGUAGGCUGUUAAAUAAGAUGAAAGAGAGUGGGUGUUCCCCUGAUUUUGUUGCUUAUAAUGCUUUGCUUAAUGGGUUUUGUCAAUUGGGUCGGGUUGAUGAAGCUUUUGCACUUUUGCAGUCUUUUCAAAAGGACGGAUUUGUACUUGGAUUACGUGGGUAUAGUAGUUUUAUUAAUGGUUUAUUUAGAGCUAGGAGAUUUGAGGAAGCAUAUGCAUGGUAUACGAAGAUGUUUGAGGAGAAUGUUAAGCCUGAUGUUGUUUUGUAUGCGAUAAUGCUCCGGGGGUUAUCAGUUGCAGGCAAAGUUGAGGAUGCAAUGAAGUUGUUGAGUGAGAUGACUGAAAGAGGUUUAGUUCCUGAUACAUACUGUUAUAAUGCUGUGAUUAAAGGGUUUUGUGAUACUGGUCUUUUGGAUCAGGCGCGGUCCCUUCAGCUUGAGAUUUCAAGCUAUGAUUGCUUUCCUAAUGCCUGCACUUACACCAUUCUCAUUAGUGGUAUGUGUCAGAAUGGGUUGGUUGGGGAGGCUCAGCAAAUUUUCGAUGAGAUGGAAAAGCUUGGAUGUUUUCCCUCGGUUGUUACAUUCAAUGCACUUAUUGAUGGACUUUCUAAGGCUGGUCAGCUUGAGAAAGCUCAUCUUCUGUUUUACAAAAUGGAAAUAGGGAGAAAUCCUUCGCUGUUUCUACGGCUUUCUCAUGGAUCCUCUGGAGUUCUUGAUAGCUCAAGCCUACAAACUAUGGUUGAGCAACUCUAUGAGUCUGGAAGGAUUCUUAAGGCAUACAGGAUUCUUAUGCAACUUGCUGAUGGUGGUAAUGUACCAGACAUCUUUACUUACAACAUAUUGAUCCAUGGAUUCUGCAAAGCUGGCAACAUUAAUGGUGCUUUCAAGCUCUUCAAGGAACUGCAACUCAAGGGGAUUUCCCCCGACAGUGUAACAUAUGGAACUCUUAUUAAUGGUUUUCAAAUGGCUGGAAGAGAAGAGGAUGCCUUUAGAAUCUUUGAUCAAAUGGUAAAAAAUGGGUGUAAACCCAGUGUGGCAGUUUAUAGAUCACUUAUGACUUGGUCAUGUCGGAGAAGGAAGGUUUCACUAGCUUUUAAUCUUUGGUUAAUGUAUCUGAGGAGCCUUCCUGGUCGGCAAGAUACAGUAAUCAAAGAAGUAGAAAAAUAUUUUGAUGAGGGACAAGUUGAAAAGGCAGUUCGGGGCUUGCUCAAAAUGGACUUCAAAUUGAAUAGUUUUAGUGUAGCACCUUACACGAUUUGGCUUAUUGGUUUGUGUCAAGCAGGAAGAGUAGAAGAAGCUUUGAAGAUAUUUUAUAUUCUGGAGGAAUGCAAGGUUGUUGUCUCUCCUCCUAGUUGUGUAAGGUUGAUAGUUGGUCUGUGCAAAGAAGGAAAUUUGGACCUUGCAGUUGAUGUGUUCCUCUAUACACUAGAACAGGGUUUCAAGUUAAUGCCUCGAAUUUGCAACCACCUACUCAAGUCUCUUCUUCGUUCUAAAGAUAAAAGGAUGCAUGCUUUUGGUCUUUUGAGCAAAAUGAACUCCCAGAGAUAUGAUUUGGAUGCAUACCUUCAUAAAACUACCAAAUCUCUUUUAUAUAGGCAUUGGCAUACAUGGAAAAUGGAAAAUGUGGCACCUGGAUGACUUCAACUAGUGUGACAUGAAGGUCAUGCAAUAUAUAUUCUUUAGGCUACUGCAGAAGUAUUUGAGUCAAUUUGUUCAGGAUUUAUCUGGUUGACUUCUAGGUCAAGGCUUCAUUUCAUUGAAAAUAGCUAAAAGGCAUUUAAUUCAGGGGAAUGGUGCUUUGCGAUUUGAACUUCAGCAAUAUUUCUUUCCAUCGUGUAGUUGUUGCACAACCAGGGGGCGUGUCACAUUUUUUCGUCACCCUUUUCCUGUUGUAUACUCUUUUUUUAUUUCAAUACCUGGAGUACAAUUUUCAAUGCAGUGCUUCAAGAAUAACAAAAAAGUGAGUUUUAGGAAAAUGGAUGACAUUGAACUUCUUUAUGCAUCCUUAUAUCUUGUGAUCUGUACACUGAAUUAGUUUGUAAAUUAUUAGUUGUCAGAAAAGGAUGAAACUUCAUCUAUAUGGAAAUAAAAGCCGCUUCAUUAUUGAUUAUU